AAGAGAAGAUGAAAGAGCUCCCCCUAGUGUCCCUCUUCUGUUCCUGCUUCCUGGCUGAUCCCCUGAAUAAAUCUUCCUAUAAAUAUGACGCAGACACUGUGGCUCUGAACUGGUGUGUCAUUUCUGACAUGGAAGUUAUAGAACUGAAUAAGUGCACCUCGGGCCAGUCCUUCGAGGUCAUCCUGAAGCCACCUUCCUUCGAUGGGGUCCCUGAAUUCAAUGCCUCACUGCCCCGGCGGCGAGACCCAUCCUUGGAGGAGAUCCAGAAGAAGUUAGAAGCUGCGGAAGAGAGGCGGAAGUACCAAGAAGCUGAGCUCCUGAAACACUUAGCUGAGAAGCGAGAGCAUGAGCGGGAGGUGAUCCAGAAAGCCAUUGAGGAAAAUAACAACUUCAUUAAGAUGGCAAAGGAGAAGCUGACACAGAAAAUGGAAUCCAACAAGGAGAACCGGGAAGCCCAUCUUGCUGCAAUGUUGGAACGUCUGCAAGAGAAGGAUAAACACGCUGAAGAAGUUCGGAAAAACAAGGAGCUGAAGGAAGAGGCCUCCAGGUAAAGACCCUGAGGCAAGAAGGAAUUUGGACCAGCAGCUCCAGCAGCAGCGGU